AAAAUAAAAGUCUCAAUACAAGGCUGAGUAGUAAUUAUCAGAUUCUCAUUACAUGGCAGCUUUGAAACCAGUUCAAUUAGCAUCAGAAUUUAAUAAUCAAUCCUGUAGAAUUAAAAUUUUCUGCUUAACGAUUUUCCAUGACCUCCAAGUUUAGCUUCUCAAUAGCUGCCCAGAGCCCACUGAGCAUGUGCAGUGCCACUGACACUACUAACCAAAUCCAAAAGGGGAGGGGAGCUCCUGUGGCAACUUUGAAGUCCUGGAUCAUUACUGCUAUAGAGACGCUGAACCUUUAGGCUCAGUGUAUAAAAUAUUGCAUUAUUCUAGCCCACCCUCAGCAGGCCAACAUGAUCUGAUUGCAUGGAUUUUGCAUGGUUGUUCCAGACAACACCACAAUCAGGUAUAGGCAGAGAAUUUUCCAUUGACUUGGCUAUGAUUGCCCCUGACUAUUUCUGUUGGUUUCUAUCACAGCACAGAGAAGGAGGAGACAGUUUUAACCUGGAUGAGAAGCAAUGAAACUUGGGAACUUAUUCGAUAUCACAAGAAGACUUUUAUAAUUGGAACUAUUUUAAGCAAAUAAAGGGAAUCCAGGAUACGUUUUGGAUAUGAUCCCCCGAUGGAAGCAGAUAUUUGCAACAAUGCUGCUGACCUCUUGUUUUUGUUUUGGUGUAUUUUUCACUAAACUCCAGGAUUUCUGUAUAGUUUGCGAUAAGAGAAUACAAACAUCAUCUCCCUAUAGAUUGGAUAAUGUGGGUGAUCCAUUUCUUCUGAAGCCCAAGGUACAGUGCGAGAGGAAUCCCCCAUUCUUGGUGUUGUUGGUGACCACAACCCACAGUCAACUGGAGGCGCGGAACGCUAUCCGGCAGACUUGGGGCAAGAAAAGACAAAUUGGGGAUAAACGUGUUUUCACCUAUUUCCUUCUGGGCACCGUCACAAACCUACGCCUUCAAGAGGAACUCAUUGAAGAAAGCAACACUUACAAUGACAUUAUUCAGAGAGACUUCAUAGACACAUAUUACAAUCUGACCCUCAAAACCAUAAUGGGGGUCGAAUGGAUUUGCACUCAUUGCCCACAAACUACAUUUUUGAUGAAAACAGACACAGAUAUGUUUGUUAAUACAUUGUACCUCGUGGAGCUGCUUGUAAAGAAAAAUCAGACAACCAACCUCUUUACUGGUUCCCUCAGAGAGGAUGAUGAACCCAUACGAGAUAUGAACAGCAAGUGGUACAUAAGUGAAAAAGAAUUCCCAGGGUCUAAAUACGCACCGUUUUGCUCAGGGACUGGAUACGUCUUUUCUGUAGACAUUGCACACAAGAUCCUGAAUGUCUCCAGCACAGUCCCAUUUUUUAAACUGGAGGACGUCUAUGUAGGGAUGUGUCUGGAGAAGCUGGAAAUCAAAUUGCAGGACCUUCAUACCGAGACCACGUUUUUUGCAUAUAGACCGGCAUUCACUAUUUGUGGGUAUCGGAAACUGGUCACUUCGCAUGGAGUCGAGCCAUAUGAAAUGUAUCUUUUCUGGGAAGCCCUACGAAGGUCAGAAGAUGAGCCGUGCUAGUUGGACAGAAACGUCAGCAUCCGGUGGCUUGUCCUGCUUCUAUCGUUUGAUCACACUAAUGAAAUGGGAGAUGAGAAAACCAAGUGACCAAUCAGCCAUUCAACCAACCUGGAAAUUCCUGUUAAUAUUAAUCUGGCCAUUGAUUGGAAUAGGGCUUGGGUCAGGCUUGGGCACAAUUUUGCUGAAAGUUAUUUGCACAUUUUUAAUAUUUAUUUAAAGAGAUGUCCAAUCUGCAGGCCUUAAGCUUUUGAGGUUUUAGAAUGUGGCCAUCUAAGUGUAUUUGCAUAAAAAGGGGGAAAAAAAGUCAACCAAUGAGACUACUUGGCUAUUGGGUCAUAUGUGACCAGUUUAUGGUGCGGUAUAAAACUUUAGACAUUUAUAUGUUGUGGUGUCAUCAUCUUCCAUCUUCUUCAUUGACUCACAGAGUCUCCUUCAAGAUAAAAAUCUGUUUUUUCUUGCCUAUAAUGGGUAUGAUAAUGGUUAUUUAUUCCAAAAAGGUCACCCUUUACUCUGUAUUACAGGCCACCUUCCAUAAUAAAAGGAAAAGUCCAA